AUGUCGCUGGCGGAGCCGGCCAGCCCCUCCUUUGCCGCGGGGGCGAGCCGGCUUCUCGUGACGCACGUGCUGGCCAGGGCGAUGGUCGAGGAGCCCAAGAUGCGGGACGCGCUCGCGCAGGAGCUGGGCGCGCUGGCCAGGCAGAGCGCUGAGUGCUCCGAGGCCGCGGCCAGGCGGCGGGCCCUGCAGCUCCAGGCCGAAUCCGUCGCGCGGUCGGCGGCCCUGAGCAGGGAGCUCCGCCGCGUGCUCUACGCGCACGUCUUCGCGGGCGCCAUCUUUCAUGCUAGUGCCGGUUUCUGUUCCUCGGUGGUCGCCCGCUCGUACCGCCGGGCGAGCAGGAAGCGCCUGGACGAGGACGAGCAGCUGCUGCCCCUGGUGCUGCGCGCCUGCGGGCCGGCGGACUGGGCGCGCUGCGCCGCGGCCUGCCGCGCGCUGCGGGCGCGCGGCAUCGGCGGCCCGGGCCUGGCGGCGUACUGGUUCCGGAGCCACUCCCGGGAGGGGCACCGGGAGGCCCUGCAGCUCGUCGUGCAGCGCGGCGCCGCCGAUCUGCUGGUGUGCCCGUCGCCGAGGCGCGGGCAGACGUGA